UUCGUUGAACUCUGAGGGGUGUACCAUCAGCACAGUGGUCUUCGGUACAGUCAUAAUCGUCAUCUGUGAAUGUCAUUUGGACUGAAGAUUUGUAUAAUCACAUCAGUAAAACUGGAUUAUCUACCUUGGGGAUAAAAAUGUAAAAAAAAUGGAAUAGAAAGAACAGCAGUGACUGCAAAUUGAAGGUUGGAUUCUUCAUCAUCACGUUGGCAGUAGCCAAGAGCUCAUAAGUUGGAUCAGUCAUCACCUGCACCUUGCCACUGGAUUCCUUAUCCUCGCUGUAGCACCGGACUGACUACACCAUGCUCUACUUCCAGGUGGUGAUUCUGGCAGCUACAGUGAUGCUGGUUUACUACUGUGAGUUCACGGACACCUUCAGUCCAGCACAGCAGGGCUUCAUCUGCAGAGAUCCGACUUUGACUAAACCUGAUCCCGGGCCUGAACAGAACAGCUGCAUACAACCUGUUAUACUGUACUCUGCGGUGGGCGGGCUGCCUGUUGUAUUGAUUUCUGGAGUAGAGUUGGUUAUCUUCAUUCUUCAGUACAACUCAAACAACCUUUAUGACCAAGAGAAGGUUGUUGUCAUGGGGGACUGUUGCUACGUGAACCCCAUGGUCCGCAGGACCUUCCGUUUCCUCGGUGUCUAUGUUUUCGGUCUCUUUACAACCGACAUCUUCGUUAACGGUGGUCAGCUGGUCACUGGAAGUCUGGCUCCUUACUUCUUGACCAUUUGCCAACCCAAUUACACUGCUCUCGGCUGUGAGGAUACAGCGCUCUUUGUCAGCCAAUCAGAUGCCUGCACUGGUGACCCCGAUGAGAUUAUGAGAGCCAGGAAGACAUUUCCCUCCAAAGAGGCUGCACUGAGUCUGUACACAGCUGUUUACCUGGCCAUGUACCUCAUGUCCUGUAUUGGCUCCAGUGGAGGACGACUGGCUGGUCCUCUCCUCAGUCUAUCAUUAGUCAGCCUGGCUGUGCUGACAGGGAUCAACAGAGUGGCUGAAUAUCGUAACCACUGGAGUGAUGUUAUAGCAGGACAAGUCAUUGGGGUUGCUAUUGCUGUAUUUCUGGUGGUGUUUGUGGUCCAGUAUUUUAAAAAGAGACCAGUGAUUCCUCAGAGUCCAUCUGAUGCAGGCACAGCCAACACUGAUGAGGUUUCACCUCAGAUCAAUCACACCAUGGAGGCCACCAACAAAUACGUUGUUUCACAGUGCACAGGAUCCUUUGCAGAAGUCACAUGACUAUGACCCUGCACCCCCUUUACCCAGUCAAAAUGUGACCAUGGGGGAAACAGAUCAUCACAAACUCUACGUGAUACAUGAACUUCCAUAUAUUGAGAACAUAGCCACCACCUUUUCAGCCCGCCUUUGGCAGCACUGGAGAAUUAACCAACUGGUAACUUUAAUUAUGAGUGACUUCAAUUAUCGCAGAGGUAAAGGAUGAUGCUGUGACAAAGUGAAAUCUGGCUGGUUCAUUUAAAAUAAGACAAACUAACAAGUUUAAAUGUGGCAUUCAUUUUUGCAAUAGCAGAAUCUACAUGGCAUGUAACCUUUUUGUUAAGAAGUAUAUGAUAUUGAUGUUGGACUCUAAAUGAUGAUGCAUGCAGCACAUUUUACCUUUAGCUAGAGACAACAAGUUGUUUAAUUGUAAACUUUGUUUAUUUCUAAAGUAGUACAGUUGAGUGACAUCACACACCGAUCAGGCAUAACAUUAUGACCACUGACAGGAGAAGUAAAUAACAUUCACCAUCUUGUUACAAUUCAGUGUUCUGCUGGUAAACUGGCAUUCAUUCAUGGGGAUGUUAC